UCAGCAAACCAGGACUACACCAGCGAUGGACAAAGAGUACAGCGACUUCCCAACGACCAUGUCGUGCACGCAAUGCUUUGAUGCAUUAGCUGGAUGCUACUCCGUUGGAGGACAGCUGAAACAUUACUACCGUUAUGGACAUAUGAACGACUGUGUAAAGGAGUUCAACAAGUUCAGAUUCUGUAUAAUGAAUUCAGAUCCCGUGAAAGUACAGAACUGGUACAGGGAAGAGCUACAGGAGAAGAGGUUGAGAGGAAGCUCGGAGGACGUGUGGGAGUUGAAAGCAGCCUCCAAGAACCUCGAGAAAUCAGCACAGCUUGGAAGGUCGAGGAUGUCAUUCUUACAAUGGGGGCCAGUGGAAAUUGAACAAUGGCUCACACAGCUACAGUUCAGUCACCAGGUUAUAACCGUGUUCACAAAGCACAACAUCACUGGCGAAACGCUGCCAUUCGUCAAAGACGAGCAUUUGAAGGAGAUGGCACUUUCAAUUGACGAGAGGAUAAAGAUCAAGUUGGAGAUAAACAGGCUGCUGAUAGACAACGGCAUGUCUUUGAACGAUGGACUGAGCACACAGCAGUUACUGGACCAAGUUGAAAGGGCUCUCCAACGUAGCCUCGAUGGUGUUGUUAGGGAAUUGCGAGACGAGAUGAAUAAGGCCAAGGAUGACGAAUCCAUGACUAAUGGUAAGUUUGUUAAACCUCUGCCGACACCUGACAAGCUGUCGUCGCCGCCUUUCAACCUAGGAUCACCAACCAGCCAAUCCAAAAGAGGUUCCACCAUUCAAACGUCAACAUUGACCUCAACAUCGGCAGCCACAAUGACACCAGCGUCGGCGUCGGCACUGUCAAUGAGCCAUGGCCAUUCGCCUGUGGAUUCAAACACUCUACGUGGUGUUGAUAAGAGGAGGUCUGUGCGCUCACCAACGCUCGCCUCGAAUCCCUCAAUGUCCUCGCUAAGCUCUCAUAACGGACACUCGACUGCGAAGCAACCACAGCAGCCGGUUUCAGAGCCUCUCAAACAGCUCAGAGCCUCAACAGACGACCCGUGCUCAAAGGUGCUACAGGCAGCCAUGAAACGCCACCAUCUGAACGACGACUGGAGAAACUACGCCCUUGUCAUAUGCUAUGGCGAUAAGGAGAGAAUGCUCAAGCUGGACGAGAAACCC